AGCACCUGUUUGUUCGGCGAUGUCUUUUUUUUUUUUUUUUUUUUUGUCUUCGGCGCGCUACUAGACAACUAACCAUCUGAAACACGGCGGUAACAAACUGAGGACCAACAGUAAAGGGCUGGAGUAAACUACGUCGUCCAACAUGUCCACAGAGGAGCUGUCAGCCUCGGACAGCGAGGCUGUGUUCGCCGGCGCAGGAGAGCGAUGGGCACCGGUGGGCGCUGUGGCCAGCCCCGAGGAUGAGAGCGGUGGGCAGCCGAGACUAAGAGGAUUAUUGUCGGCCUCCGAUGAAGAGAUGGCCGCCCGGUUGAGGAAGCUCGAAGAGGAGCAGGACCUGCUGAAUUCUUCUCUUCUCGCUCUGACCUCUCACUUCGCUCAGGUUCAGUUCCGACUCAAGCAGAUUGUCCACGCCCAGAGCGAAGAGAAGGAGAGGAUGCUGGCGGAGCUGGAGGACUUCGCCUUCAGGGGUUGCCCUCAUGUCCUGGGCUGCAGAGCUCAUGAUGCCAAACAGCUGGAGAACUCGAGUGAGCGGGAGAAGAGGGAGCGCCUAGAGGCUCAGAGGGAAAAACAAAAGGAUCUCAUUUUCCAGCUGAAAACGCAGCUGGACGAUCUCGAACGCUUCGCCUACCAGGAGGGCAGCUAUGACUCGUUGCCGCAGUCUGUUGUCAUGGAGAGACAGAAGGUCAUCAUUGAUGAACUGAUCAAGAAGCUGGAUGUGAAUCUGAACGAGGACAUUGGGAACUUGUCACCUGAGGAGCUGAGGCAGAGAGUGGACGCCGCCAUUGCUCAGAUAGUGAACCCGGCGAGAGUCAAAGAGCAGCUGGUCGAGCAGCUGAAAACCCAGAUCAGGGACCUGGAGAUGUUUAUCAACUUCAUUCAGGAUGAAGUGGGGAACCCUCUCUUAUCAGAUGGUGGACCCAGUCAGCAGCCGAAAGCAGCAGGGACCAAAGCAGGAGUAAAAAAGAAAGCAGUAGAUCAGGAUCAGGCCCAGAGGAUGCAUGAGACCGGCCUCCAGCUCAUCCAGAAGGCCCUUGCUGUGCUGCAGAUCUUUGCUGCGAGUCAGUUCGGUUGCUCCACCGGUCACGUCCCACAGAACAUGUGGUCUCAGGACUCCGCUGGGUUGGACUAUGGGCCUCUGCUGCAGCGUCUGGAGGCAGCUGUAGAGAAGGUCCGAGUGUUGGGUUCACGCAGACAUCCUUCUGUUGAGCAUGUGGUCAGCUACACCAGCACAUCCCCUCUCGGGGCUCGAGAUGAGCUGACGACAGCUGUAAGGAAGGAGCUGGCGACUGCCCUGAAGGACUUAUUGGCUCAUGGCCUCUUCUCACCUUCACAAACCAUGAGUUUGGUGUUGGCGCCCAUUUCCUGCCUUCUGCCUUACAGACCUGCCCCACAAACAAUGCACCCAUGGGAACUCUUUGUGAAGUACUACCAUUCCAAAAACGGUAAGGCGUUUGUGGAGUCACCGGCCCGCCAGCUCUCUCAGUCCUUCAGCCUAAAUGUAGGCAGCGGCCCGGGGACCGUCACACCGAAGCAGUCCUUCCUGUGGGCCAUUCACGCGGUUCUGAAAGAGCAUGGACGGUACAAAAGAGGACCGGACACGGAGUUCAAAGCUCUGGUGUGCAUGGCUCUGAAUGAGCAGCGGCUUGUGUCGUGGCUGAACCUGCUGUGCAAAUCCGGUACUCUGAUACACCCGCACUACCAGUCCUGGAGCUACAUGGCCCAGACCGGCUUUGAAGGAGCACUUCGCAUCCUGGGUCGCAUCAGCCACCUCAGAUUCAACCUCCCAAUGGACUUGGCUGUACGACAACUGAAAAACAUUAAAGAUGCUUUCUAAUGAGGCAAGAAGUCAAAGACAAAUGGGAGAAUGAAGUCCUGUUGUUGAAGCUUUUUAACAGCUAAACCACACUGCUCUUAGCUAGUGUUCAGGACCAAAAGCGUGACCAUGUGUUUCAAAAAUGUUAACUUUUAAACAUUAUGUAAGCAUCAACCAUCUAAAGUGAAGUCUGUGGUAUUGGCAGUACCUGCAUGGAUGUUGUGUAAUCUGGAUAUUCCACUUUAAGAUGCCCAACUGUCCGGAAGACAGAGCUGCUUGUACCGUAAACAUGCCUUAGAGUUGGGACUGAGAUUACCUCACCCUUCGUAAGCCUUCUGGACCUUUGUGACCUGUGCUCAGCCUACCGUAUCAUCCUACCUGAUAGUGCCCUGACCUAUGCAGCACACCUGUGCAGUAGUGAGAUUUGUUUUGUGGCUUCCUAUUGAGCAGGUCCAGGAAGAAAAUGAAAGGACAGAAACUUUGCGGGUUCCUCGGGAACUGGGAUCGUUCACUGGUUGUAGUCAGAAGUGCGUCGGUCACAGUGUUUAGCAGGUGAGCCGUCUGUAGCAAACUGGUGACGCUAAAGUAAAAGCACUACAGUUAGCUUUAAAAGUGUCUUACAGUUUCCACCUGAGCACAUUUUCUGUGUUGUGUAUCAGCUUUCAGUUGUAUUUAAUGUAGCUUCUCCUUUUUGUUUUUGUUGUGUGUGUGCGCGUGCACGUGUAUGUGUUUGCGUGUGUGUUAGCAUUUUGACCCUGUUUGAGCUGCUAACCGGGAUAUGAGCAUGUCUCAUAUUUACGGAAUUGUGGGAUGUAAAAGCUGUAGUUUUAUUCCAGAUGGUCUUUUAUCUUCCAGAAACAGCCGAGCUGCGUAAACCAUAAAUUUAUUUAACGAAUGUAUAACUAGAGAUGCUAUUCCACUGAAGUUUGUGCGUAUUUGCUGCAUGUUUUGCAAAUGCUUUUGAAAGGAAAACCCCUCAGUGUUCCUGUGACCAUGUACGUAUCAAACCCACACAUGUAUUUCCAGAGUUACACACCCAAUGUUUCUUGUAGCGCACCGUUACAAACUUACUUUCUGUGUGGGGCAAAUGAUGUAUAUUAUGCUUGUUAUUUUCUCUUUUGUUGUUCGUCUUUUUAUUUAUUAAUCUGAUUAAAGACAUUUGAACGCUUCGGCGUAGCUGCUGUAAACCGUAGCAGUUCAGUCUGGAAGCCAAACAUGACAUUUUUGCAGUUUUUUAAAUCGCUUUAAUCACAGAGAAAAUGUGGGGAGAUAUGAAUUGUGUUGGUUCUAGUUUUUAUUGUAUUUAAUGUAAAGCUACAGUUGUAUUAAUAAAUUGAUGCUAAAAGAAAA